CUGCAAUAGCACCCCUUACGGACCCACUUCUGAAUAUGAACGUUAGCAUUGAAAAGAAAAUGAUGUUCACAAUUUGGACACUUGCUAAACCUGGAAGCUUUUUAGCUGUAGGAGAUAGGUUUGGAUUGUCCAAAAGUACUGGGCACCAAAUUUUUAAAAAUAUGAUAACGAUUUUGGCUAAUCUAUUACCAAAAUACGUCAAAUGGCCGAAUGAUACAAGUCGUGCUUUAUCAGAAAAAGUUUUUGAAGCUCGUUCUUGUGGCAUCUCAGGGGUUAUAAGAGCAAUCGAUGGGUGUCACAUCCCUUGUAAACACCCUGUUGGAAAUGCCAUAGAUUAUUACAAUCGUAAAAGGUAUCAUUCUAUAAUCUUACAAGGUUCGUAGUACUCGUGUAAUUGUUAGACUAGUAUUAUAUGUAUAAUAAUCAAUAUUAAUCAUGUGUGAUAGGUACAUGCGAUCAUACAGGAAAAUUUCUGGAUUGUUUCAUUAGUUGCCCUAGGCGAAUGUACGAUGCUAGAGUUUUCAGGACA